UCGCCGUUAUCUCUCUCGGACCGUUCCGUUCUCACUCGUCGGCGGUCUCGUCGUCUCACUCGCUCGCGCUCCGUUUACACGCGCUCCAACCGGUGUGUACCGUGUGCGCUCGUCCCGACGACGACGUCGACCGGCGUUUAGACUGUUUAGACGUUUAGAGUUAGUGUUUCGCGUUUUGCCGGUCGCGCACGUCACGCCGCCGAUCCUCCAGUUCCGUAUCGAUCUCAUCCCGGAUCGUCGUGUGUUCCACGUCCCGUCACGCCGCCAUAACGCGGUAACAAUAUUAUUGUCAUUAAAGUAGCCCGUCGUCGUCACCGCCAUCGCAGAAAACCGCGACAAGAUACUUUAGAAAUCAUCAAUAUGGAAAAACAUUUAAAUAAUAAACCUGGAGAAGAUAAAGAAUGUGAUGGUAAACAAUCAGACAAAAAUGCAUCUGGUGGUCAUACAAAUGGAUUUGAUUGGAAUUCAACUGAAACCAACAAUUAUGAAAAUAAAGCAUGCACAAAUUAUACAGAUUGGGAUCCUACUAAUAACAAUGAUCAUACUGAUAAUGAUAAACUAAUUGAAGAUUACUGUGAGAAUAAAACUACAAUUAAUGAAUCUCUAGAUGAUACAAAUAAUGAUUAUGGUGAUUGGAAUCAAACAAAAUCUGAAGUUGAAUAUCAAACUGAUACUUCUGAUUAUCAUGAAAAUAACAAACAAAUCAAUGUUGAAUGUAAUAAUUCAAAAUCCUUGUAUGACUCUUGGGGAAAUCUAGUAUCUAAUGACGAAUGUAGUACAGAUACUAGAAAUUAUUCAGAAUUCAAUGAAUGUACCAAACAAAAUAGUUACAAUGAUUAUCUCCCUAAGGAUUCCUGGAAUAAUGAUGUUGAAACUUAUAAUUAUCAAGAAAAUGAAAAUAACGGUUACUGUGGAAAUGGUUACCAAAAAAACACACAGUUUCCAAGAAAAUCAAAUAAUGAUAAAGGCAAUGGUAAAAUUGAGAAACCUGUCAUACAAAGACCAACUUAUAUUCCUCCAGAAUUUGAAGAAAAUGAUGACCUAACACUAGAAGCCGGAUUAAAUUUUGAAAAAUACGAUAAAAUUGAAGUAACAGUAAGUGGAAUGGAAGUACCUAAAAACAUAACAUCAUUUCAUGAUUCUGGUCUACGUCAAAUAUUAAUAAACAAUUUGACCAAAUGUCAUUACACUAUUCCAACCCCAAUUCAGAAGUAUGCCAUACCAAUCAUUAUGAAUGGAAAAGAUAUGAUAGCUAGCGCUCAAACUGGUUCUGGAAAAACUGCAGCUUUUGUUUUACCAAUUUUAAACAAUUUAAUCAGUGAACCAUCUGAAUUAAUUGUUGACUACAAUCAUUGUGAGCCACAAGUUUUAAUCUUGUCACCCACUAGAGAGCUUGCUAUACAAAUAUGUGAAGUUACAACUAGAUUGAGCAGAGGUACUUCAAUUAAAUGUGAACUUCUUUAUGGUGGAACAGCCACUUAUCAUCAAAAAGAAAGAAUUCUGAGAGGUGUUCAUAUAAUUGUAGCUACUCCAGGGCGUUUAAUUGAUUUUGUGAAUCGAGGUUUAAUUACUUUUUCAUCUAUGCGAUUUUUUGUACUUGAUGAAGCUGAUCGGAUGUUGGACAUGGGUUUUUCACUUGAUAUUGAACGUAUAUUAAGUCAUCCUACUAUGGUGUCAUCGGCAGAAAGAACAACAGUCAUGUUUUCAGCAACCUUGCCCAUAGAUGUUCAACUUAUAGCAAGGUCUUAUUUAAAACCACAUUAUAUAUCAGUAGCUGUUGGAGAGGUCGGAGGUGCUUGUAAAGAUGUUACACAAACAUUUAUUGAAGUUAAUAAGUUUAGUAAAAAAAAUGCAUUAGUUGCUUUGCUGAAUGAAACAAAUGAUUGUCAAGGAACAAUUGUAUUUGUUGAACAAAAAAGACAAGCCGAUUUCAUAGCAGCCUAUCUAAGUGAACUAAAUUACCCAACUACAAGCAUACACGGAGAUCGUGAACAACCAGAACGAGAAAAAGCUUUAAGAGAUUUUAAAACAAAAAAAAUGAAGAUCUUGGUAGCCACUGCUGUGGCUGCUAGAGGACUAGAUAUAAUGGGUGUUACGACGGUAGUGAAUUUUGAUUUACCAAAAACAAUUGAAGAAUAUGUGCAUAGAAUUGGACGUACUGGUAGAUUGGGAAAUUCAGGACGGGCCGUUUCAUUUUUUGAUCCAGACAACGAUUAUGCCUUGGCUCCUUAUUUAGUCAAUACUCUUAAACUAGCUGAUCAAAAAGUUCCAGAAUUUUUAUCUCAGUAUAGCAGUGAAGUUCAGAAACCUUCGAAUCAAUUCAAUGACAUAAGAUCGGAUGUUCCUGUAACAUCUGAGUAUGUCGAAGAAGUUGAAGAAUGGUAAUCUCACAUUUUCACCAUAAUACCAAAUUUAAACCAAAAAAAUAACAGUGAAUAAGCAAUUUCAAUUAUUAAUUUACUCAAUGUGAAUUUUUACUUGUUAUAAGCUCAAAUUUAUAUAAUUUAACCUUUGCUACCAUUUAAUCUAACCCAAUUUUUUUUCAAUUGUAUGUUGUUGUUUUUUUUAUACAUCAUUAAAAAAAAAUUUUAAGUUAUAAUUUAUGAG